AUGGCUAGCCCGUUGCAGUUUGCCUACCGGACCCAGAAGGCCAUCGGUGUCGUCGACGCGGCGCCGGUAUACGAGCCCCUCCCCGGGUUCGUCAAGCCCGAAGGAAAUCUCCGGUGCUGUGUGUAUUCUCCAUGCGGCCGCUACUUUGCUUGGGCCUCUAACGAGGGCGUGAGCGUCAUCGAUGCGUCCGUUGGCCAUGUGCUGACCACGCUCGCGAUUCCCAACGUCUUCGAGCUCGGCUUCUCUCCACGUGGCUCUUUUCUUAGCACGUGGGAGCGCCCAUCCAAGGACGAGGCGGGCGAUGCGACCAAGAACUUCAAGAUCUGGCGCACUGCCGAAGACCUUCCCGAGGGUGUUGAAAAGCAGCCGCUGGGCCGAUUCGUGCAGAAGUCGCAGUCAGGUUGGAAUCUUCAAUAUACUGCCGACGAGAAGUUCUGCGCUCGCCUCGUGACCAACGAAGUUCAGUUCUACGAUAGUAAUGAUCUCUCAACCGUGUGGAAUAAACUCAGAGUUGAGGGCGUCAGCGAUUUCGCCAUCGCACCAGGACCGACUCAUUCAGUGGCCGUCUUCAUUCCAGAGCGCAAGGGUCAACCUGCCGCCGUCAAGGUUUUCAACGUACCCCAGUUUGCUAGUCCUAUCUCGCAGAAGACUUUCUUCAAGGGCGACAAGGUGCAGCUGAAGUGGAAUGGACAGGGAACAAGCCUGAUUGUGCUGGCACAAACAGAAGUGGACAAAUCCAACAAGAGUUACUACGGUGAGACUACUCUCUAUCUGCUCAGCGCUAAUGGCGGCUUCGAUGCACGUAUUGCCCUUGACAAGGAAGGACCCAUUCACGAUGUCUCCUGGUCCCCGAACUCGAAGGAGUUUGGCGUUAUCUACGGUUACAUGCCUGCGAAGACCACCAUCUUCAAUCACCGUGCCGUUGCUCAGCACUCCUUCCCCAUCGGGCCUCGUAACACGAUCAUAUUCUCGCCGACCGGCCGCUUCGUCUUGGUUGCAGGCUUUGGCAAUCUGGCUGGCCAGAUCGAUGUGUACGACCUGGAGAAGGACUAUAAGAAGAUCUGCACCAUUGAAAGCGGCAACCCCAGCGUUUGCCAAUGGAGCCCGGACAGUGUCUACAUCAUGACAGCGACCACUUCGCCGCGGUUGCGAGUCGACAAUGGCGUCAAACUCUGGCAUGUUGGCGGCGGCAUCAUGUACAACGAGGAUAUGAUCGAAUUGUACAAUGUUUUGUGGAGGCCAGUCCUGCCCGAGAACAUUUCCAAGGCAGAUCCGUUACAUCCUGUCCCCGUCCCGCAUGCUUCAGCUCUUGCGUAUCUCGGCACCAUCAAGACACCAUCCAAGCCUGCGGGGGCAUACCGUCCUCCAGGGGCCCGAGGCUCUGUUACGCCGCUUCAUUUCAAGCGCGAGGAUGAGGGUGGCGCGGCUCAUGUCGUGAGCAAUGGUGCGCCUUCGCUUGGUCCUAAUGGGUUUGGCCGACCUCGCCGCCAGAUCCCCGGUGCCGAAUUCGCGGAUACCGCUGGUGUUCCCACGGGUCCUCGAGGCGUGCCAGGCGCCGAACCUGUCGAUGGGGAUGAGAACCUGUCGAAGGCGGCCUUGAAGAAUAAGAAGAAGCGAGGCAACAAGAAGGCGAAGGAGACAGAAGGAGGCGCGCCGGUGGGCGAUGGAGGGUUGGCCCCUCCCCCGAGAGAGUUUGGCAGCGGAUCGGGUGGGGAGGGACAUAGCCCGGAACGGCGAAGUCAGCAUCACCACUCACGGAGCCAGUCGCGCAAUAACAUGCACGGUGGCCGCAACCGCAGCAAUACGCAUCGGGGCAACUUCGACCGUCCUCGAGAGCAUACCCCGAGUGGCCAGCGUGGGCAGAAGGCGCCUCCUGCCCCCGCGGCCGGAGCUGCCGGCGAAGGCCCUGGCGCGAAUCAGAACCCCAAUGCGAAGAAGAUGAGAAGCUUGCAGAAGAAGAUCCGUGCCAUUGAGGAUCUGGAGAUGCGGCUCGCUGGCGGAGAGAAACUCGAGGAUACGCAGAUGAAGAAGAUUGCAACCAAGACUACCGUCCUAAGGGAACUGGAGACUUUGGAAAAGGAGUAG